AUGAUCUCCUUUGCUUCGCUCUUUGCCAGCCCGGGAUACAACGCAUCGUACCCGCUCCUCGCCGCCGUCUGGCUUCAGGCCAUGGGCGCCGGCUCGCGCGGCAUGAUGGCCUCGCUGGGCGUUCUUGACAAUGUCUGCCCGCGCGACACGGUCGCCAACAUGGAAAAGUCGGGCAAGUACAAGCCCGACGACAUCGCAAAGCUCAAGCGCCUCGAGGCGGCCCAGACCAACUGUAUCGAGUCGCUCGGUAUCUUUGCUGCGUCCGUGGUCGCUGGUAACGUUGCCGGCCUGCCCGCGGCUUACAUGAACAAGAUGGUACUGGGGUACCUUGGACUGCGCUUCCUCUACGUGUACUUGUACGCGACCACUACCUACACGCCCAAGAGCCUCCUGCGUUCUGGCACCUGGGUUGCCUGCCAGCGCUGGCAGCAUUCUCAACGGAAACCUUUGAGCGCCAUAGCAAGGUAA